AUGACUAGUGCACGAUCUGCUCACACUGCAUCUGUAUUAUCAAAUGGAAAAGUAUUAGUAGCUGGUGGAAGCAUUGUUUAUACUGGUGCUUUAAGUACUGCUGAAUUGUAUAAUCCAUCAACAGGUACUUGGACAACUACAGGUAGCAUGAUGUAUUAUCGAGAGUUGCACACAGCAUCUGCAUUAUCCAAUGGAAAAGUAUUAGUUACUGGUGGAUGGAAUAUUGAAGAUUUAAAUACUGCUGAACUGUACGAUCCAUCGACAGGCUUUUGGGCAACUACUGGUAACAUGGAGACUGCACGAGUUUAUCACACAGCAUCUGUAUUAUCAAAUGGAAAAGUAUUAGUUACUGGUGGAACGUCUGGUGGUGUUUUUAAUAGUGCUGAGCUGUAUGAUCCAUCAACAGGUACUUGGACAGCUACUGGUAACAUGACUACUGCACGAGAAUAUCACAAAGCGUCUGUGUUAUCAAAUGGAAAAGUAUUAGUUACUGGUGGAGCGUAUCUUGAUGUUUUAAAUAGUGCUGAACUGUAUAAUCCAUCAACAGGUACUUGGACAACUACUGGCAACAUGAAUAAUGCACGAUAUUCUCACACAGCAUCUGUAUUAUCAAAUGGAAAAGUGUUAGUUACUGGUGGAUCAUAUAUUACUGGUAAUUUAAAUAGUGCUGAAUUAUAUGAUCCAUCAACAGGUACUUGGACAAUUACUAGUAACAUGACGACUGCACGAGAACAUCACACAGCAUCUGUAUUAUCGAAUGGAAAAGUAUUAGUAGCUGGCGGAUACGAUACAGGUAGGAUUUUUGAUAGUGCUGAAUUGUAUGAUCCAUCAACAGGUACUUGGACAACUACUAGUAACAUGAAUAAUGCACGAAGUACUCACACAGCAUCUGUAUUAUCCAAUGGAAAAGUAUUAGUUACUGGUGGAGGGAAUAGUAUGAUUCCUUUAAAUAGUGCAGAAUUAUAUUAA